AUGUAUGGAUCAGGAUCAUCAGGACUAUUAUAUAAAGGGACUCCACACAGCCAGUUUGGGGUGACAAGAUCUCAGGAGAUUGCUCAAUAUAAGCUGUCAAUCAAACAGAAGUAUGAGAGUGAGUGGAGCUCACUGUCUGGUGAACGAGAGUCAUUGUCUGCCCUGUAUAAUGAACCAGUGAUCAUUCAGAAAGAUGAAAAUGGCAGCUUUGAGAACAUCAGUAUGUACAUGUUGUUGAUUUCAGAUGGUACAAUGCCUGUCAUUCUCCAAGGCGACUCUGGCAUUGGCAAAUCCUUCAUAGCACAGAAGAUCAUGUUGAACUGGGCAUCUGAAUUUUCGAUACAUUUUUAUGUAGUUUUCUAUCUGAGGUGUGAAGAACUGAUGUGUUUUUCUGAGGAGAUUAAUUUAAUUGAACUCUUGAGCUACAGCUGUGGUUUAACAUCAAAUCAGAUCUCGGAGAUGUUACAGCAGCCACCAGAGGAGAUUCUUUUCAUCAUUGAUGGGUUUGAUGAGCUGAGACUAAUGCAGGACAUUUAUGAAAUGUCAGUACACACUUAUCCACUUCAAAAAGCCCCACCUGAAGUCAUUCUAUGUUCCCUGUUGAGGGGAUACCUCAUCCCUGGGAUCAGCCUGCUGGUCACCACCAGAACUAAGAACACAGUGAACAAGCUGCUGAGAAAACAGCCAUGUUUCACUGAAAUCAUGGGUUUCUCUGAGAAGAAGGUGGAGACGUACUUCCAGACAUUCUUCAGCAAAGAGUAUGACUGUGUGAGAGCAAAUGAAAGCCUCCUCACUGCCUGCUCCAUUCCUGUUAUGUGCUGGAUUGUUAGUGAGACAUAUUCACAAAGAUAUCAAAGUGAACACAUGCUGUUCAUUCUCCAUUGUCUCUACGAGCUUCAUGAGAAAAGCUUCAUUAGGAAAGUGUUAGAAGAUUUGAUUUUGAUAGAUCUGUCUCAUACUCUACUGAAAAGGACAGACUGUUGGGUGUUGAAGUACUGUUUACGGUGCUGUGAACACAUCAGAAACCUGAAACUCCAUGUAACAUCUGAUAAUCUGAAGAUGCUCCAGCCUGAACUGUCCCGCUGUAAACUGCUGUGGUUGAUAAUGGAUCACAUUUCAGAUGAUGUUGUUGGUUUGGUCUCAGCUGCUGCUGAAGGAAAGAAUCUGAAUAAACUCAAUGUAAAUAAGCUUGACAACUAUAGAAAACGAAGAGGAUACCUCUCAGGAAUGUUGGUGUCAGUCAGAGAUGGAGACAUCACUUUGUCUUUUUCAGAGUUCACAUCAUCAGCCGUGGAAUUAAAUCUUACCUCUCCUCACUCAUUUAUUUCCACCAUCAACUGGGUGAAAUCACAGAAUAAGAUGUCAUUGUUCAGUUCUACAUAUUUACGAAAUCAAGAUGGACUGUUCACAUUCCUGCAAUCAGUAUCUGGUUUGAAGAAAGUCUGUCUGCAGGAUGUAGAUCUGACUGAACCAUAUAGCUCAGAAAUCAUGUCCCUCAUUAAGGCCUGUCCCAGUUUGAUUGAACUCAGGAUAAAUGUCACAGAUAAAUACAUGAUGGAGUACACCCACUCCAUGAAGACAUCAUUGGAGAAGAUGGGUUGGACUCUGACUGUCUGGGGGAAAUUAGCAUUGCUUAAGCUAAACAUGGAAAGAUUCACAGAGGGGAAGAUGAAGACAAAGCAGGAAAAGACUAAGAGAGGAAUAGGAGAGAGUUCAGAUUCUGUGUUAAAAGCUGAAUCAUCAACAUACUCCUUCUCAGAAGAUGUCGAAGUGUUCACACCAGAAUUGAGCGGUGAUGAAGAUAAACUCAAGAAUACAUACAGGUUUGUGUGUGCACAUGCUGGUCAGUUUCGUUGCAGUCUGACCAAUCUUGUGUUUGUGAUGGAGGGUGAAGGAGAGGUGCUGUAUAGAGUUGAUUCAUGGGAUCCUCGUCUGUUAGAUGGUUUGGGUCAGAUGAAGCCGGCAGGACCCUUGUACAACAUUGACUGUUCUGCAAAAUCAGUCUUACGACUGCAACUUCCGCACUGUGUGAUAUUCUCUGAGGAAAAUAAGGACGGUUUGGCUGUAGCACAUUUCACUGGUGGUAAUGUAGAAAUAAUACAGCCACUGAGAGUGACAGAAACUCAUGUGAUCAUUGACAUCAGAGAUCUCAGCCGGUUUGGGCUCAUCUGGAUUAAAACAAUAUUUGGCUACCCCAUUGAUGGCCAGGUUUUGCUCUUUCUUCGACCAGUAACUGUUGAACAGGAACAGAAAAUACUUAAUGUCCACUUGCUUCCAGGGAAUGUUCCAGUAACAGAGGUCCAGUGUUUCCACCACAAUAAAUCAUACAUAGAGACAAGUUCAAAAUGUUGUCUUUUUACUGACAGACAAUACAGUCUGUGUUGUCAGCCAGAGAACUGUGAAGUGCAACCAAUGAGUGAGAUAUUUCAGCUUGAUAAUUUUGGUCCAAACUAUCAUCCCUCAUUUGAAGUGUUUCUGGAUGUCAACAUCAAGGAGGUCAAGCUGGGUGUUGUGGACAAAACUGAAGAUGGGAAAGAAGUGUGGCCCAGACGGCGAAUCCUUCUUACAGCACCAAGUAAAGCUGCAGAACCUCCUGCACACCGAAGGAUCCCAGAAACUGAAUUUGUGAACACACAUGGAGAUAAACUCACUCAGAGAGUUUCAUCAGUGAUGGCGAUUGCUGACAGUUUAAAGACCAAAAAAAUAAUUACUCCUGAAAUGUGGAGUAAGAUCCAUGUUGCAGAAACACUACAGGAGAAAAUGAGACGCUUGUUGAUUGCUCUUGAGUCUGGAGGAGAUAAUGCAAAAGUAGAAUUCUGCAGACUGCUGAAGGAGAACGAACCUGAUCUAGUAAAAGAACUGGGACCUCAUUUAUAAAAUGUGCAUAUGCAUGGAUGUGAUCUUAUAGAGUGUGCAUAUGGUAAAAUCCACACUCAGAAUUAUAAAAACCAUCUUUGACGAGGAAAAGUGCUUACCGCUAUGUCAUGUGCCAAACAGACGUAACAUUGUUGCAGAGUUGGAGUACUGCAAGUAUUUGGAAGUCAAAGGAAUUCUUUCCACUGCUCAAAUAAAGGAUUUGGAUGUUGACUGGUGCUCUUCUAUACGUUCAUUACAUUAAGUGGCAUUUACAAGGCAGAUAUCUGAAACCAUUUAGCUGUUCACAACUUUAAGAUCACCUGGUUUGAUUUCACAUCAAUGGCUUCACUGUUAUUCUACUGUACAUGUCUGUAGCAAGAGGUCCAGAUGUUUCUGUUUUCCUAAAUUAGAUGUUACUGGCAUUAUCUCCUGCUGUUCAUGUUCUCCAGUUUGAUUUGUGAUGAUCCAAAGAAUAUCUUGAGCAAAAACAUCUGACGGGCUUUACAAAUUUGAUGUAUUCCUUCAUUUGUGUAAUAACGUUAAUAAGCUGUCAUUUUAUGUUUUCAAAAUGUUAUACUGUGUACUCUGAUUUAAAUUAGAUUGCAAUCCUCAUAUUUUAUUUUUGGUCCCCAAUGCAUGUACUGUAUAUAGUGUCGAUGUAUUUCUUAUGAACUGUAUGAGUUGUUAAUGUAUGAUGACGAGUCACUAUGAAAGAUGUUUUUUAUUUUAUAAUACUGUGGAAAAAUAACCACAUACAAUUUAAAAAGAACCAUAGUAAAAGUGGCUGUGGGGAAAAAGCACAUGGGUCAUUUUUUUCUUUUGUAUUUUACAUUUUAACAGAUGAUUAAAACAAAGAUUAAAUAAAGUUAACCAUAAACACAA